AUGCUGAGACUGCAGUGUUUGUUGCAGGACUCUGUGAUCGUGGGUUCAGUUGGAUCGAAUGACUGGCGUGGAGCUCUGUAUGAAGUGAUGGGAUCAGGAUCUGAAUUCAGAGAGACAGAGAUCAUCGAUCCAGCUGUAAAUAAAGACUCGUACAUGGGUUACUCUACUGUGCUGGGAAUGAGACGCGGCGUCUCUCUUCUGUUCUCUGGGGCGCCGCGGGCCGAACACACGGGUCUGGUGACCCUCUUCACCAAGAACCAAAACACAUGGACAGUGAUGAGCAACAUCAACGGAGAACAAAUUGGCUCAUAUUUCGGAGCGUCUCUGAGUCUGUUGGAUGUGGACUCUGAUGGAGACUCAGAUUUCCUGCUGGUCGGAGCUCCAUUAUUUUACCAGUCUCAGCCGAGGGCUGAAGGGAGGCUGUCCGUCUACGCUUUAUCAGAACAG